AUGUCUGCCCCGACCGCAUCGUCCAUGUGUCCAGCUCAGUCGCCUGAAGUCACCACCACCAAGGAGAGUACUCUACCCCUCGGGGUAUCCUCAGGUCCGCAAGGAGUUUGUACAGGGUUGCCCGAAGCCACGAACACCAAGAUGACUGGAGAGCUUUCCUCGGAAUCUACGGGCCCGCAAUUUGAUUCUCCGGAGCAGCAGGCCUGCGAAGCAUUCACCCUGUUCCCAAAGCUCGCUCCUGAGCUGCGUCACAGAGUCUGGUAUUGGGCGUUGCCCCGCGGAAGAGUUGUCGACAUCGACACCUACAAGUCUUCCAUCAACGGCGACGAGGACAAGCGAAUGCACGUCGAAAGCGAUAAUAAGAAGUUUCCGCUGCCCAUCACCUUACGCAUCUGCAAAGAGAGUCGCACCGAGACCCUCCGUCACUACCAUGUACUCCCCCGGGUCGGAUUCCAAAAGUUCAAGAGUGUCCCGUUCAGCAUCGAUCCAGUCGCGGAUCGAUGCUUGUUGAACUUCAUGAUCGCGGUGAACCUCACCUCCACGCUGACGUGGGAGGAGGAGUGCUGGAUUGCCCAGCUGGCCAACGGAUCAUCCUCCGCUUGUCUGGCUAAGAUCGAGGAGUUGAACAUCUUUCAGUUCAAUAACUUUGAGAAGGCCAAGGACCUGGCCCUGCACAUCCACGCCGCGCAUGGUCACCAGGUGCAUGUUCAUAACCAGCCGUACUGCUGCAUGCUCAGGUUCUUUCCGGCGUUGAAGAAAGUCAAUCUUUACUUGAUUCAAAGGGGGGAGGAAGGUCUGGAAGCCCCCGAGAAGAAGCAGGAGCUCAAAAGAUUCUUCACGGUACUGCUAGAUACUCACAAGCAGGUGUUCCCCGGAGGCAAAAUACCGGUCGUCUCCUUGAUGCCUUAG